GCAUGUGCGAGGUCGCCGCACGUUGAAGACCAUUCAUUGUAAUCAGUGAACACUUGAGACAGCGCACGUUUGGCGUGGCCAGUGGCCACCGAUCGUCACCCGGCCGGCCCCCAUCCUCCACCUCCCCAUCCUCUCCCUCCGUCACCUCCGGAGCCCCCCCCCCCCCCUCUCUAUACCACCCGCCGCACGCGCCGGAAUCACCACGUGGCCCUCACCCGCCGCUGCCCACCGCUCCUCGAAACAUGAGCCCUGUCUCACGCAACACCCCCCCCCCCCACCCCCUCCCCCGGGCGCGCGACCCGGCCAGGUCACACCGGCGCCCAUUCAUCGGUGUGCGGCCGCCUCCUCCCACAUGUCCUCCGAUGACGUCACGGCGGUGUGGGCGUGUCCUGUCGGCCUGAAGACGGCCGCGCCGGACAGCGCCAGGUCAGUUGGCCAGUCGAGCGGAGUGAGAGAACAGCAGCUCGUGGCGCCGGAAGCCAGCCGCCGGUCACCCUCAGUGGCCCAGACAUCCGUCUGAACACACUACACAACAUGACUGACAGACAGUGUAUCGCGCAGCUUCUCCUGCUGGCCGCUAUCGUACUGAUGGCGCUAGUGUCGAGUUGUCACUCGUACCCCAGCGCACAUCCGUUCCGAAACGAGAACUUCAUGCGCCGGAGAUCACUGCAAGACUGCGAACGAUCGGCCCGCCUACGAAUGACGUGCGAACGGUGCGCCAAAGAGAGUCGCUCCGACGACGCCUUCAUCAUGUGCUGCAGCGACACGGACGGCAUCCGGGAAUGGUGCGAAAAGUUCCUGGCGUUCGGCAGCGACGACUCAUUCAUAACUUCAAAGCGGUUCGCCGUCUGAAAGGAUCCACCACCCGGCGCCGCGACCUCAUCGGCCUUUCAGAGGCGCGACUAACUUCGUACCGAUCUCGUCCAGACUCCCUCGGGUGCUGCCAAGUCCGGCCGGCAGCGGGAGAAGCCCCGAAGACGUCAGCUCCCUUCACGACAGCGCACAUGCAUCCGGGACGUGUUUAUUUUCCUUUGUUGAGCGGCCGCGUGGCCGGGCGGUCGGUGCGUGUGCGCGUGCUACCGCCAGAGCCACGCCGCGGGGUCCAAAGGUCUUCAGGGAGUGUCAACGAGUCGCUGGGGUGCCUAGCGACCGCUCCCCGCGGACAUCUGGAACGCCCACGCACGGCGGCCUGCCCCGGCCACCGCGCUGCCUCCUGUGCUGUGUUACUGGGCGGGUGUGACACCGAAAACGGCGCACCCGGGUGCGCCGUUACUGUCACAUCCUUCCCAUUGACGUCACUCGUUUGACAGGGCCAUCUGUGGCACCGCAAACGGACACUCUUGUUUGGUUGGUUGGCGGGUACGGGCCAUGAUCCUCCUGGCUUUUUCAAAGCGGCUGCCUGUUUUCUUUGUGCGGUCCAAGCCUGCUGUGACGGCCGGACGUGUCGAGGCGCACUUUGGUCCACUUUUGCGCGGCAUGCGUGGCCGGCGGAGGGGCGGGUCGGGCCCUCUCUCGUGUCUUGUGUCUCGGGGAGGAGGCCGGUGUUCGGGUCGCUCGCCUGUUCGGUCGCGAUGCGCCGAGACGACCGCACGAUCUCAUUAGGACAAUGGUGUCAGGGCAGCUAGAGCGUCGCUCGGUCUCGGUGUCUCAUCGCGACCUCUUCGACAGCGAAAGACAGUAACUGAACUCGAACCACCUAUCGGGCCUUAUCGCAACUGGGGCAUAUCGAACGUGGUGGGCAUCGAGCUCAUACAGCAUCUCUGAGCGGGUCUCUAUCUCUUUGUGUCUUCACGUGCGCGAACUCUUCUCAUUUGUGUUCCUCUCAGCGUCUACUGUACCGAAAGCGUGAUCACACGAUCGCGCUCGAUCUUACUCCGGCGACUCCCGGCGUCGCUCAAACCAUCGAUCCGUUGGCACGUGAGAGCAGUUCUUCCAGACACCUAUCACCAUGAGCGCGUUCUGACCCUGCGUGUCGGUCUCGUAAGGGCCGAGCCGGAGCGUGUCCCGAGGCAGCGGCGACAAUGACUGUACGAUCUCUGCAUGCACUGUCCAAGUGUUCAGCGUCGGCGUUUGUGUGUCUGUGUGCGCGUCUGGGUGUGUGAGUUCCUAGUGCUGGUAUAACUGUACAUUAUAGACGCCUAUUUAUUAUGCUAUUUAAGGAAUGUCUGUUUCUAUGCUGCUUGCUGGUGACACAAACCAGCUGUUUCAAAUACAUAUUCAGCCAUUUUAUA